AUGAAUGCCCACCUCGCAGCGGCAGUUCUAGGAUUCAGCUUGACUUUUAUCGAUGCGUAUUUCACUCGACAAGGGGAACGCGAUUUCUGGAAGUCUCCCUCAAAGGCUAUCCAUAGUCCCGUUCACUGGUUAUACAUACUAUCUAGGUAUCUCGUUCUCGUUAUUCAGAUCUGCAAUAUCGUUAUCGCCACCAUCUGGAAGUACAAUUACACUGCGAUCCCACAUAACAUCUGCUUUGUGCACCUCAUAUUCAAGAUUUGCGUAUUGCUUUUUUCGCUUCUGAUCUUGGACACCAUACUGAUGUUACGAGUAUACGCGCUCUACAACAAAAGCCAAGAAAUGGCGUCCUUCCUCGGACUUAUACUCCUCCUGAAAUCAACCACAGCAGUGUGGGGUUUAGCUCGAUUAUUACCGAAUGCUACUAGCUCCGUACACUUCAAUUAUAUCUGUAUCGCGGCUGUCAAACUCCAUGAAGAGCCAGGACUUGCGUUAUUCGUGUUGGGCGAAAUGGCCAUACACUGUGCAUUGUGUUGGCUGACGUUGACAAAGACAUGGUCUUUCAAAGAUCUCUGGCCACACCCUCCAACCCUUGCCUCUGUGUUGAACAGGGAUGCGCUCUCUGUUUUCGCGGCCAUCUGUGGAAUACUCGCUGCAUACACAUUCGGAACAUAUAGAAGAGGAGUUGCAGUUAUUUUUGCCUUCCCGAUCCUCAUCUCAAUCACCUCCUGCGCGGGAUGUCGUCUCAUUCUUCAUCUUAAUAGUUUGGGAGGGAGAGAGACUUCAACAGACCCCGAGAAUAUGACAUUCACAGCCAUAGAUGCUACUAUAACAUGGGACACUGGGACUCAUCAUUUUCGGACCUGA